AUGUUUCCGUCGAGACUAGAACAGAAUCAGCUCAAGGCCAGCAUAGCAGCAUCCUACAACAAACUAUACGGUCAGUUCUCACUCAAUGAGCUGCAGGAGGUUGGAAACUACAGGAUUCUGAAGAUUGUCGGCGAGGGCAGUUUCGGAAAAGUCUAUCUAGCGAGCCAUCGCUUGACGCAUCAAAAAGUUGUUCUGAAAAUGGGCUCCAAAAAUGACCCCAACGUGGUUCGAGAGGUUUUCUAUCAUCGGCAAUUCGACUAUACUUACAUCACACGGCUCUACGAGGUUAUUGUCACCGAGAACUACGUUUGGAUGGCUCUGGAGUAUUGUCCAGGCAAAGAACUAUAUGAGUAUCUUUUGACUAAGAAGCACAUUCCACUGCCGGAAUGCUCCCAACUGUUUUCUCAGAUAGUAGGCGCAGUAUACUAUGCGCAUUCGAUGAAAUGUGUUCACCGGGACCUCAAAUUGGAGAACAUUCUGCUCGACAAGAAAGGUCAAGCUAAAUUGACCGAUUUUGGGUUUACGCGCGAAUGCGCCACCAAGGGCAUUCUGGAAACGGUUUGUGGCACUACUGUGUACAUGGCACCAGAGUUGAUAGAACGCAAACCUUAUGAGGGAUAUAAGAUCGACAUAUGGUCUUUAGGGAUUAUUCUGUACACAAUGAUUCAUGGUACCAUGCCAUUCGAUGAAGAAGAUGAGCUGAAGACAAAGUAUAAAAUUGUUAACAGCUUUCCGGUUUUUGAUUGCAAUUUAAUCAACGCCGAAGGGGAAGACUUGAUCACAAAACUUUUACAAAAGGAUCCACAGCAGAGGCCUUCUCUCACUCAAGUUUUGCAGCACCCGUUCCUUCAAUCAUAUGGGAGUGAUAUCCUUGAUAAAACCGAGAAAAUCAUAAAACGUCAAAGUCAUGGUUCCAAGAACUUUCACACCAAGUUGGAACGGAGGCUCUUGAAAAAGUUGAAACAGACUGGUUUUGACACCCAAUCGAUUAAGCAUUCUGUCAACAAGAAGAAAUGCGACAAUCUGUCUGGAAUGUGGCAUCUCCUUUUGGAAAAAGAGAAAAGGUGCGAAGUACUGCGACACCCUAGGAGAAGUCGAUCUGUUUUAUCUGUGAAAAAAGUCUUUGAUACCACAGCACCAAGUCGAAAGUCUACAGAUGAUAACAAAAGCAACUAUCCUCUAUCGAAGGCCACUUCUCUAAAACGCAUUAUAAGUAUGAAGAGCGACUCAGCCUCAAUUCGGCAGCCUACCAAUCUUUCUCAAUCCAAGGAAGCCAAGAAGGGUCCAUCUCAGAAUGCGGAGUUGUCUAAUGGAGGCGGAAAGUCUUCUAAAAAACCUAACUUCUUCAACAAGAUGUCAAAUUUCUUCAAAAAUAAAAAACAGACUGGAAGCUCUGCUGAGAGUAGAUCGACAAGUCCCACGUCUGACCCUGCUGAUAAGAGGAACCACAAUAAAAUUUCUUUCGAAUCACGAAAAUCUAGCCCUCAAAGGUCUCCUCCUCGCCCGGGGAACAAAACAACCAAGAGCGUUCCUCACUUAGGACAUAAUGUUACUGAUGCGAAGGAGGGUGGAGCAAAACUGAAGAUAGAGGAGCCAGUGUUAAAGAAAUUCAAAUCGAACUCCUCAAGCGAGGUGUCACGUCAAACUUCUCUGGGAAACUACGAUAGUGAGCUUGAUCAUAGGCCUCUUGCUGUCACUGGCUUACCUUCCUUCGAUGAAAGCAAGAAUGGAGUUCAAAAAGUACGACCAAUAUCGAUCUUAUCACAACAAUCCGAAAUAUCGAACGACACUUAUAACUCAGAGUACUCGACGGAUGGUAAUGUGUCAAACUCCAAAGCUAAUAGCAGUCUGAGUUCCAACACUAAUAAAACCGCCAGCAAUGUAGUUUUAUCUCCAAAUGUCGACGGUUACGACAACAGCUCACUACAGUCACGCAUUACUGCGAAAAGAUCAAUGAGUAUUAUGUCCAGCGCCUCAAGCGCUUCAGAAAAAAGCUCACGCACAGACUCUUUUUAUGACAUUUCAACGGCUUCUUCACCAAAGACUAUGGAUUUGAGAGCCAUGAGCACAUACUCGAAUUCCGACACAACGUUACCCCGUGUAAGUGUGGGAUCACACUGGCUUGCAAAAAGAGGGAGGUCGCCGGUUGGAAGAAGAGGGAGGCUGCCUCAAAGAAAUAUUAGCCGAAAACUUCUCAAUCACAGUUCGUCAGCAGCCCAAUCUGUCAUUCAAGAAGAAAGUUCAUUUGAUGACGAUAAUGCGGGUGACUUGGCUGAACCUGACAUUGUACCUCAGCUGGAUAGUCCCGACAUAAUGAAAGAACUGAAUGAUACGCCGUCCAAACCACAAACGCCAAAUUUGGAAGCUGAGCAUCCUUUAAUAGAUCGUCGGCCUAUACUUUUUGAAAUGGGUAGGUCGUUGAGUGGCGGUAGUAGUCGAUGGUCACACAAUUUUUCUGAAGAUCAACUACCACCGCCGCGUGGAGAUGAUGAGCAUUUAGAAUUGGGCAUUGCUGAUGACGAGGACAAUUCCUUGGAGGAUUGA